AAAAACAGAGUAGUCAUCAUCAACCUCUUACGCUCCAAUCUCAAGUCUCAACAAUCAAACUCCAAAUCGUUCUCUCAUGGCAGCUUCUUCCUCAAUUCCAGCGUCAACAGCCGUAACCUCCGUCGUCCGCAAACCCCUCCUCCUCUCUACAACAUUCUCUUUCCCCGCUUCUUCACUGUCUCCCUCCACCAAAUUGCCACAAAGACAAAUCCAAAGAUUGCUCCUAGCUUCCUCCUCUGCCUCUGCCGUCCCUUCCAAUCCCAAACCGGUGAAGAAAGAAACCAUCUACUUCGACGGAGGAGCUCAUUACGGUGAUCUAUUGGCUAAUCUCAUCCUAGGCCUAACCAUCCUCUGGCUCCCACUUACAUUAGCCGCUGUAUCUCGAGCCUUUAACCUCCGUUACAGGUUCACCAACCUCCGCGUGACGGUGAUUUCGGGACUAACGGGAGAAGACAGGAGCGAUUUCUCGUACAAAGUGAUCAAGGACGUUCAAGUCGUGCCGAGGUUCAUAGGAGAAUGGGGUGACAUCAUCAUCACUUUGAGAGAUGGGACAAAAGUGGAUUUGAGAAGCGUUCCUAAGUUCAGAGAGAUUGCAAAGUACUGUUUAUCUAUGGCUGAUCAGCCUGCUGUUCUGAAAGAAUCUGGCGCCAAAGGUUAAAAGGGGGGAAAACAUAACUAAGCACCCCAAAAACAUAAUUAAGCACGUUUUAAUUCAUGCAGCUUGUUUCAUUCUGAUUAAUCAUUGAUAUAUUAUAUAUUUGUUUUAACGAUAAGUCUUUGUUAACCUUUUAUUUUUUCUUUUUCUUGUUCAA